GCGGUCGAUCCGCCGAUCGAUCAGUCAUUUGAAAUUCAUCGUUGAUGUGUGUUGUCUACUGUGUCCAGAAUGAGUGUGCUACGUUUCGCUGAAGAUUUCUCGCGAUUAGUCAUGAGUUAUAUGAAAGAGAAUUUAAAUUUAAAAAAAAGUAAACCAAACAAUGUUAUUGUGCCCUUGACUAAUGAACAAAUAGCGUAUACCGUACAUCAUGUGCUUCGCGCACUUGGGAUAAAGGAUAGUGAGAAUGACAAUGACAAUGAGUUUGAAACAAAGGAUCUAAAUCAGGGAAGCGAUAUUUCUAAACCAAUUCCGAUUAUUUCAAAGAUUAAUGACACUGAAAACAAUGAGAAUACGUACAGAUCUGAAAAUAGAUCUCACUUAGCCGUAACGGAUUCUGGCUUAUCUUUUUCUGACACGUCAUUAAAAACUAAUGAAAAAGAAGCGGAGAAUAGUUUGAACAUAUUGCAGAAUGAAAAGAAGUUUAUUUCACGAUCAAAUCCCAUGAUCUGCACUAUUGGUAGAUCUGAUACUUUUUGCAAAGAAGAUCAAAAAAUAAAUGAUGAUAUACAGGAAGACGUUUUCGAGAAUUCAUUCUGUAGUUCAUUGAAUGACAUUUUUAUACAAUCAUUGGAAGAAAUACGAGAGUCUGCAGUAAACAUUACACUAAAAAUUGAUGACUUAAAAAAGCAAGCAUCCAAACAAACACAGCAAUCGUAUCCAAAUAGUCUUCUUAAUUUUAAUCGCACGUCAACAAUAACCAAGAAAGGGCCCACCAAAAUUCGCAGAUCGUUGACAACAUUUUCUGGAACAUCAGUAUCUUCUAAAACGCAUGUAGUGGAAAAGGAGGAUACUUUACCGGACAGACGUAAAAGUACUGGUGGAGCGUGCAGUAUAACUCCUAAGAAAUUAUCCACAAAACUGGAUUCUUCGGUUUCAAAGUUAGAUGGAUUAUAUAACAAGAUGUCACCAAGUUUGAUCCCGAAAAAUCCGAAAUACGCUCAUGUGAAAAGCACUAUACCAAAGCCAACCUUCAUAACUAAGAAAAAGCCAUAAUAAUUAUACAAUAAAAUUGCCAGAAUAAUGUAUAAAAUUUUGAUAAUUUUUACCAUAAUAAUGUAUAAAUUUUUUUGAUAAUUACUCUUGCUAGUUAGACUUAUCACAGACUCUAAAAUAUUUUAUUUAAAAAAAAACUGCUUGAUUAAUAUAGUUAAUGUUUUUGCUACAUAUAAAUGUUUUUAUAAAUUACACGAAUUUAUCAUAUUUAAAUUUCUUAUAAAUAUAUAAUACUAAUUUAUAAACAAAAUCGUUGAGCAUAGAUAUAGUUAUUUAUACGUGAUACAUCAGUGAGAUACGCUCAGAAAUAUUAUAUUGCUUUCCUUCAUUUAUCGAAAAAAAUAUCUUGUAUACUCUAAACAUUUAAAUAUAACGUCAUCAUAAAUCAACGCAAUAAAGAUUAUUAAUCUGA